UCUGAUAGCAGGCGGCCAUCUUGCCUGGAGCCUGAGAAAGGGAGGAGACAGAAGGAACAGGAGUCUCAGUGUCGCCCCGGGGGCCUCAAGAGCCGGAGGCAGCCCCGGAGGUGGUCCCCGAUCCCGGGCUAUGCCCUUGGACCUGAGAAGGCUCCCACGGGCGGAUACGCCAGAGGAGGAGGCCGGGGAAUGGCCGCGGUGUGGCAGCAAGUCCUAGCAGUGGACGCGAGGUACAACGCAUACCGCACACCAACGUUUCCACAGUUUCGGACCCAGUAUAUCCGCCGGCGCAGCCAGCUGCUGCGGGAGAAUGCCAAGGCUGGGCACCCCCCAGCGCUGCGUCGGCAGUACCUGAGGCUUCGGGGGCAGCUGUUGGGCCAGCGCUACGGGCCCCUCUCCGAGCCAGGCAGUGCUCGUGCUUAUAGCAACAGCAUCGUCCGCAGUAGCCGCACUACCCUUGACCGCAUGGAGGACUUUGAGGAUGAUCCUCGGGCUCUGGGGGCCCGUGGGCACCGCCGUUCUGUCAGCCGUGGCUCCUACCAGCUGCAGGCACAGAUGAACCGUGCCGUCUAUGAGGACAGGCCCCCUGGCAGCGUGGUACCCACGUCAGCGGCAGAGGCUAGUCGUGCCAUGGCUGGGGACACGUCACUGAGUGAGAACUACGCCUUCGCGGGCAUGUACCAUGUUUUUGACCAGCACGUGGAUGAGGCAGUCCCAAGGGUGCGAUUCGCCAAUGACGACCGGCACCGCCUGGCCUGCUGCUCACUCGAUGGCAGCAUCUCCCUGUGCCAGCUGGUGCCUGCCCCACCCACCGUGCUCCGAGUGCUGCGGGGCCACACCCGUGGUGUCUCCGACUUCGCAUGGUCCCUCUCCAAUGACAUCCUUGUGUCCACCUCACUCGACGCCACCAUGCGCAUCUGGGCUUCUGAGGACGGCCGCUGCAUCCGGGAGAUCCCUGACCCUGAUGGCGCUGAACUGCUCUGCUGCACCUUCCAGCCCGUCAACAACAACCUCACUGUGACUGCAGGGGACUGGCUGGGAGGCAGCAUUAUGGCUCUGAGACCCCUUCACUCCCAUGAGCAGCUGUCCUACUCUCGGCAAAUUGCAAGAGGGGUUGGCUUGGGAGGAGGAUUACAUGCCUGGGUCACCUUCUCAUCUGCCUGCUGCAGCCCCACUGUGGGAAAUGCCAAGCACAACGUGCAUGUCAUGAACAUCUCCACGGGCAAGAAAGUGAAGGGUGGCUCCAGCAAGCUGACAGGCCGUGUCCUCGCCCUGUCCUUUGAUGCCCCUGGCCGGCUUCUCUGGGCAGGUGAUGACCGCGGCAGUGUCUUCUCCUUCCUCUUUGACAUGGCCACAGGGAAGCUGACCAAAGCCAAGCGUUUGGUGGUGCAUGAAGGUAGCCCUGUGACUAGCAUCUCAGCCCGGUCCUGGGUCAGUCGUGAGGCCCGGGACCCCUCGCUGCUUAUCAAUGCUUGCCUCAACAAGCUGCUGCUCUACAGGGUGGUGGACAACGAGGGAACCCUGCAGCUGAAGAGAAGCUUCCCCAUUGAGCAGAGCUCACAUCCUGUGCGCAGCAUCUUCUGCCCCCUCAUGUCCUUCCGCCAGGGGGCCUGUGUGGUGACGGGCAGUGAGGACAUGUGUGUGCACUUCUUUGACGUGGAGCGGGCAGCCAAGGCCGCUGUCAACAAGCUGCAGGGCCACAGUGCACCUGUGCUUGACGUCAGCUUCAACUGCGACGAGAGCCUGUUGGCCUCCAGUGACGCCAGUGGCAUGGUCAUCGUCUGGAGGCGGGAGCAGAAGUAGGGUCCUGCCGCUGCCCACUGCCCCACUCCACCCUCAGCCUCAUGUUGUAAAUAAAGAUUUUGUGGUUGUGCCGAGGGCCGGCUCCCAGGUCUGCCGGGGGCAGGGCGAGGGAGUGGGCAGCUCCAGGACCCAAGGUG